AUUAUGAGUACCCAUAUCUAGUAAAUUGACGUGAAAAAUCGCACAAGAAGUUGGUUCAUCAUCAGCUUAUGGCUUUCCAUGACUUUGAGUUCCAUUUGGUACAACUGUAUUCAUCGUACUACUCUAGUUAUUUUCUAAAUAUCAGGCCCUUCAGCUUUCUCGACUAAUAACACAUCAACCAUGCCUCAAGGCAGAUUCAUUUGGGUCUAUAGCCGUUUGCUCUAAUUUGAACACUAUAAAUAUAAUCUUCCAGAUACAUUUUGUAUUUGACUUUUGAUACCACCAUUUUCCAAUUAGGGUUACUUAAAGUAUCAUGUAUAAAACUAAAUAUAGUAUCUAUAUUUCGCCUGAAGUCAACCACAAGCAUCAAAUAUUCACAUCUUUGCAUACUGUUAUUCAUAGCUUCAAUCACUCGUUGUGGUUUAUGAAGGAAUCCACAAGGUUCUGAGGCACAAUCUACUAUAGGUUGUUUUACAAUAGAUUUUAUUUUUAAAUAAAUAUUCAGGAAUGCAAAACUAAACUCCACGUUAGUCUUUUAUGUUUAUAUUUUAGACAACGUUUUCCUGUUCAUGAGAACCCAAUCAAAAAGGUUACCAGAAGUUUUAAAUUAGAAUUCAGUAUCCUAAAGUGUAGUCAAUCUGUUUUGUAGUACGGAUCAUGCUUCAUCAAUAUUUCUAUUUGUAAUCAAGUAUUUUUGUUCAAGUAAUUCAAGUAGAUAGAUAGUAUAUUCUAUAUUAUGACAGGUACUUUGGUCACCUACACCGAAUUUCGAUUGGUUAACUAUCCCUCAAAAAUGACUGGCUAUAAAUAAUACUUCACAUAUAACAAAAACAAUAAUUUUGUGCAUUUAUCAGAGAAUUUAUUGUUUUGGAUGACACAUUUACAAUGUAAUGUAGCUUUAAUUUGGCUUAUUCAAAUGAAUGUUCACAAAACGAAGUAAUAACAUAGUAACUGUGUUUUAUAAUGUGGAAAUCUAUUAAUUUCAUGAUAUUACUGCUUAAUUAUUUGACUAAGGCUGAUGUGAAUAUAAGUUAUGUAAUAAGAAAUUAUCAAAAUCCUUAUAAUUUGGAUAGCAGAUUAAGAAAAUGUGAAGCAUUAAAUGUUUUUGGUGAUCAUUGUGAUCCAUUUUUUCAUUUUGCUGCUUAUACAACAACUGAAAAAUGGGAAAAACGUUCAACGUUGCGUAAAGAAGCUGGACCAUUUGUAAACUCAAAGUAUAUCGAUCACAUUCUCGACACGUAUGAAAUACAGCCAAUAUUUCCGGAUGCCAUAGAAAUUGAACUUGAUAUUCAUGAUAGUGAUAUAGAUGAAGAUCAACGGAUAGCUCUAUUUAGAAGAACAGUUCCACUUGAAACUAAAGGAAAACAUGAAUUUCGGAUGGGUGUCGAUGUCAAAGUUGAAGCCCAUAUUGAGAUAACUUGUACCAAAGAUUAUUAUGGACAGCGUUGUGAGGUAUAUUGUACACCUCUAUAUGAUUUAUGGAAAUGUGAUGAGAAUACCGGUGCUAGAAUAUGCAGUAAACCGUGUUUACAUGGCAAAUGUGUUCUCACAAGUAUUAGUGCAAUAUGUGAAUGUACAUUAAAUUGGCAUGGAGAAUUUUGUCAAACUCCUAUUGAAUCUAAACUUAUAUCAACUAUUUUAGCUCCUGAUAUAAAAACAAUUCAUAUUGCUAAACCAUUACAAAUUAAUCAAUCAAUUAGAAAUCAAACUAGAUAUAUUCAUUUAAAUAAUAAAAUUAAUAAAUUAUCCAUGAUAACAACAACAACAACACCACCACCAGCAGCAGCAACAACAACAACAACAUUUCAAUCUAAUUCUAUAAAUAAAAUAAAACAAAUGGAGAUGAGAAAGUAUAAUGGAACAGUUCAAGUUGUUCAAUUAAAAUUUGAUAAUUUACAUAAUACUCAAAAUGAACACCUUAAUAUUGAUCAAUCUAAUAAUGAUACUUUGUUUACUUUAACAACAAGAAAUACUCAAAUAAAUUUAGAUCAAUCCAAAGUAUCGACAAUUGGUAACAAUUCAGAAACAAUGAAACAAUCUGAUGGUAACAUGAAUCAUCUAUCUGGUCAAUUUUCUAAUCAUGAAACACGUAAUUAUAUCAUUUUAGCGUUCAUUAUAAUAGGUUUAUUGAUAUGGCUUAUUAGUGUUCUUAUCAUUGGUUUCGUGUGUUAUCGCCGUCGACACAACCGUAAAGUAUCUGUUCGUAAAAGUGCUUUAUGGACAAAUAUUAAUUAUGAACCAAAUUUAUAUCAAACAAAUUUACCAUCACCAACAGAACCCUUUAUAAAGCAACAAUAUGAUCAUGAAACUUUACAAAAUAAUAUAAAAUUAAUUACAAAUAAUAAUCAGAUCAAUUAUCCUUCAUUAAAAAAAAUAUCACCAAAAAGUGUUUUAAGAAAUUCAUUGACUUUACCAAAACUUCCAAUCAAUGAACAUCAUCAACGUAGAUCGGUACAUUAUACACGUACAUCAAAUGAAUUAUCUAAAUUACAUUUUAGUACUAUAUCACAUAUACCAAUAUCUAGUCCAUCAUAUUCAAUAGAUACACAACAAACAAAUUUAUCACCAACUGAUAGUUGUCAACCAAUAUGUGAUACAACAUAUGAAGAAUUAACAUGUUGUAUAAAUGAUCAUUUACAUUGGAAACAUAAUAAUUUAUUAAUAGCGCCUAAAUUAACAACUUUUCAAUGACAAGUAUUUCAUUCAUUCAAUGCUUAUAUAUAUAUAUAUAUAACAAUAUUCAAUUUAUCAUCAUUCUUACCUUUAUUCAAAAUAUAUGUCAGAUAUAAGAAAUAAGUAGAAAAAAAAUAUAUAUCGAUUCAUACCUAGGUUGGACAGACUGGUAAACACCUCUCCUAUACGAAUUUAUUCCAUUUUCGUUCAUGAUUUGUCUACUAUGAUGUACGCAUGAAAUAUUUGCUGCAAAUACAAAAAGAAUUGAUUGUUGCAUAUGCUGCACGAAUAACAUAGGAAAUGACACCGUAUCUAAACCAUCUUAUUAUUUAAGUUCCUCAUUUCAGAUUUACCUGUUACUUCAUGAAUGUAUAUCAUAUAAAAUGCUGUUCUGCUUUAAUCGUAUUAUUCACAUGGAAUUUGAGCAUACUUUCUUUAAAGUGGACGAUAAGCUGGCAUUUUUGUCGUUUUUUUUAUAAAGAAUGAAUGUACCAACUGUAUAUCGACAGCAAAACAUGAAUUUACUAUCAAAAUAUUUAAGUGAGCGGCUUCAAACCUAGCUAGACUAAUAUCAUCUUAUAUUAAACUCAUUGUAAUUUCAUUCUUCUCUCUGCAGACUUUAUAUAUUAAAGGUAGGCUUUAGUAAUAUUACUGAGUAAAGACUACUAAAAUAGA